AUGAAUCACGGCGAGUUUAAUCUCACCGCCGGCGAAUCUUUCGCCGUCGAACCUUUCAACAAAUCAGAAAGUGGUCUCACUUCUUACAAUCUCAACAACUCUUCCUCUGUUCUUCUUCCUCCUCCGUCUGCAAAACGCCAACGAGAAAACUUUGAAUUCGCGUCUGCGGUUAAACGUAGGCCAGUCGCGUUUGGUUCAUCACCGUCGUUGAUAAACGCUGAAUUCGUAUCACAGAUUCAAAACCAGCAACAAUCAGAGAUCGACCGGUUCGUUGCUCAGCAAACAGAGAAGCUUAGAAUAGAGAUUGAAGCUAAGCAACGAACGCAAACGCGUAUGUUAGUGUCUGCGGUUCAAAACGCCAUAGUCAAGAAGUUAAAAGAGAAAGACGACGAAAUCGUGAGGAUUAGAAACCUUAAUUGGGUUUUACAAGAACGUGUUAAGAGUCUUUACGUGGAGAAUCAAAUCUGGCGUGAUCUUGCUCAAACGAAUGAAGCAAACGCUAAUAAUCUUCGGACAAAUCUUGAACAUGUUCUUGCUCAAAUCGAAACGUUUCCAACCGCUUCAAACGCUGUAGAAGACGAUGCGGAAUCGAGCUGCGGAAGUUGCGGUGAUGAUGGUGAAGCGGUUAGAGCGGUUAGUGGCGUUUGUAAGCGGUGCGGUGAGAGAGAAGCGAGUGUGUUGGUUUUGCCUUGUCGUCAUUUGUGUUUGUGUACGGUUUGUGGUUCGGCUUUGUUACGGACUUGUCCGGUUUGCGAUUUGGUUAUGAACGCUAGUGUACAUGUUAACAUGUCUUCUUAA